GGGAUUUGUUUUCACAACCACAAAUGAAAAGUUUAUGUAUAAGCAGGGCAAUUAGCUAGAAGUUAAAAUUCUGCAUUACAUUAAUUUUAUAGCUGAGUUUGGGGCUUUAGGCUUUCCUGUUGCUUUGUUUUGUCAUCAUGUAUUCAUUAUAUCUCAUCCUCCCCCGCAGUGGCUGUUUAGGUUCAAGUUCAAGGCAGAUGUAACUUUUUUCAGACGUCGCAGCCGACUACCUCACUGUGUUGGAGUACCAACCAUGCUUCUACUGCAGUUGACUGAGAGUUAUGAAAACUGCUGUCACCCUCCCUCCCUCCUUCCCUCCCCAAUGACCUUGGAUGCUAAGCCAUCUCAUUAACCGCUCACAUUUACAUGACUGGAGUGCAUGGUGCUGUCAGCUGGUAAUCCAGCUUCGGUCUUGGAUAAUGAAUGGAUCGUUUCAGCAUUGCACUUUCAAUAGCAGCAUAUUCAGCAUUCAUGCCUGCUAUUAGAGACGCACAGGGAUGUUAAUGUCUGUCUCUUCAAGCAUAAGUGCCCCUUGCUUUACAUUAUUUGCAAUUUGCAGUGCAUGGUUUUAAUCUAAUUAUUUCUAAACGUAUCUGAUGGUUGUUUAACAACAGCAUCAUUUCAGAUUCAUUACAGGCCAGUGUUUUAAACUGUGCUUAGAGAGACAUAAAGCAGGUCCCUUCAUUCAUUUAGAAUAAAUUAUCAAGCCUUUUAAAUAGAAAUCAGCUGUUCUUUUGAGACCUCCCAUUAGAGGUGAGGUGUAGCAGAUGGAAGCAGCGUUAAGGGAUUACAGUAACUCCUUUAACAGUCUGCAGUCAGUCAAUCAAGUUUGGCAUCCGAUUAUACUGCUACGUCCUCCUCGUUUGGGAAGGAGGGAGGGAGGUGAGGAGCGGAGCUCUGUGCAGCUGACAGCUCCUCCAUCUAACCCUGAGUCACAUGAGCUCUGUGGGACUGCUGCAGCUGAGCGGAUACUUGCCUGGACCGACUGCAUUGCAAAAACUGUGACUCAGGGAGGUGUUGUGGAUGCAGGAGGGGGGACAGAGCUCUGUAGGAACACGACUUAGUCAUCCAUCCAGGUGGCCAUGCUGAUUACAUGGUGGUAUUUAUACCUUGCAGCUCGGAGCUUCAUCGGACAAUCACUGAAAAUGGCUUCAGUCCUGCAGAAACUGAUCACACCGCUGUUCAGUGGUCCACCUGAGCCUCCGAGGAAUAAAGUUACAGUGGUGGGUGUGGGCCAGGUUGGCAUGGCCUGCGCUCUCAGCAUCCUACUCAGGGAGCUGGCUGAUGAGCUGGCGCUGGUGGAUGUGGUGGAGGAUAAGCUGAAAGGAGAGAUGAUGGACCUGCAGCAUGGCAGCCUCUUCCUCAAAACCCCCAAAAUAGUUGCAGAUAAAGACUAUUCGGUUACAGCUAACUCCCGCAUCGUCGUGGUGACCGCUGGAGUCCGUCAGCAGGAGGGGGAGAGCAGGCUGAACCUCGUUCAGAGAAACGUCAACAUCUUUAAGCACAUCGUCCCCCAGAUUGUCAGAUACAGCCCUGACUGCGUCAUCAUUGUUGUUUCCAAUCCAGUCGAUAUACUGACUUAUGUGACCUGGAAACUGAGCGGGCUUCCAAAGCACCGUGUCAUCGGCAGCGGCACCAACUUGGACUCGGCACGCUUCCGUUUCCUGAUGGCUGACAAACUGGGAAUCCACCCGAGCAGCUUCAACGGAUGGAUCCUGGGAGAGCAUGGAGACACAAGUGUGCCUGUGUGGAGUGGAACAAACGUGGCUGGAGUCAGCCUGCAGACGUUAAACCCUGAUAUCGGCACUGACAGCGACGACGAGAACUGGAAAGAGACUCACAAGAAGGUGGUGGACAGUGCCUAUGAGGUGAUCAAACUGAAAGGCUACACCAACUGGGCCAUCGGUCUCAGCGUAGCCGACCUGACAGAGAGUCUCAUAAGGAACAUGAACAGGAUUCAUCCCGUCUCCACCAUGGUGGAGGGCAUGUACGGGAUCAGUGACGAGGUCUAUCUGAGUCUGCCCUGCGUGCUGAACAGCGGGGGUGUGGCUAGCGUGAUCAACAUGACCCUGACAGAUGAAGAGGUGGCCCAGCUGCAGGCCAGCGCUAACACACUCUGGGACAUCCAGAAGGACUUGCAGGAUGUCUAACCUGCCCGCAGGGGGAGCUAAUAGCUACACCUUCCUGACUACUCAUGACCUUCAGCAUCACUCCACGGUCACACCAGAAAGCUUUGCCGCUCUGCACCUUCAGCCUACUGCACUAUGUAGAUUCCCAGAUUUUUGGAGGGGUUUCAUCCAGCCAGAUUUAGCCGUAGGGGUCAGUUUGUGCACUUCUGCUCGCUGGAGACCAAAAGGUGACCCCAAUAAUGAGUGAGAUGCUCUGACUCAUUUGUCCUUUGCUGUGUUGCACUGUGGGACCACGUGUCAUGUUGCUUUGGCAACUAAUAAAAGAAGCAGGGACUAAAGCAAUAAGUGCAGUGUUUCAGUUCUUCAGUGUUGGCUAUUUAUGUAGCGUGAUAGAAAUCUGUGAACAUGGGCUUUCUCUUUUGCUGAAAGUGAAGAGCAGAGUGUUACAUGUGGCCUAUGAUCUAACAACAUGGUUCAAUAAAAUAAAUCCUAAAACCCUG